UCUGAAUAUGGCUUUGGAAAUCACUUAUGCUGAAGUGACGUUCAAAAAUGAAUCCAAGUCCUCAGGCAUCAACUCAGACUCUGCUGCAGCUCCCAAAGAGAAGACUACCCCUCAUGAAAGUAAUCACAGCUUUUCUAAGCUGCUUUGUACUUCACUGCUGAUAUUUCUCCUGCUAUCGGCAAUCUCAUUCUUUACUGCUUUUAUCAUAUUCUUUCAAAAAUAUUAUCAGCUUCUUGAAGAAAAAAAGACUAUAGAAGAACUGGUUCACACAGAAUUGGAGUGUAAAAAAGAAAAUUUGACCACAGAAGAGCAAGUCUGGAGCUGUUGCCCCAAAAACUGGAAGCCAUUUAGUUCCAACUGCUACUUUAUUUCUACUGAAUCAAGAUCUUGGAACGAGAGCGAGCAGAACUGCUCUGCAUUGGAGGCUCAUCUGAUGGUGAUCAACUCCAAGGAAAAGCAGGAUUUCAUCACCAGUCAGCUGCGAAAACAAUAUGCUUAUUAUGUGGGGCUGUCAGACCUGCAGGGAAAUAGCCAAUGGCAAUGGGUUGAUCAGACGCCAUACAACAAAAAUGUCACAUUCUGGCAUUCAGGUGAGCCCAGUAAUGUUGAAGAGCAUUGUGUUAUGCUAAAUAUUCGUUCACAAAGAUGGGGCUGGAAUGAUGUCCAUUGUGAUGGUAAACAAAUGUGGAUUUGUGAGAUGAUGAAGAUCUACUUAUGA